AAAUUUAAAAUUAAACUUAUUGGCUACCCCUUAUCCCCUAGUAUUCUAACACACGACUUAUCGUAAAUAUUUUAGUCACCUUUUUUAUUCUUUUCUUCUACGGAAUCUUGAGAAUUAUUACUAUUAUUGUAUUAAGAAUGGUGAGUUAUUCUUUAUGGACUAAAAAGAACUGAUGAAUUAGUUCAGUUGAUAGUGAAGACUAAAGAGAGCCUAUCAUAUUCGCAUGCCUAUUUGCUCCUCAAGGCUGUAAUGAUUUUACCGCUUGCAACUCUAACUGCUGAAAGAGUUUUUUCAGCUUUGGGUUACAUAAAGAACUAAUUUCGGAAUUGAAUAGGCGAUCAUUUCGUGAAUGAUUGUCUAGUAGGAUGUACUGAAAGAAAUUUGUUGAGCAUUGUACUCAAAUGAGUGUAUUGUACAAUAUUUUUCAGAAUAUGAAAACAUAUAGUAGAAUUUUGUUGUAAUUUGUACUAGUCAAAUAUUUUCCUACUUAAAAUUUUAUUAUUGUUAAUUAUUAUAUUAAUUUAAAUUUUGAGAGUACACACCUAUAUAAAAUUCCUAGUUCUGUCACUAAUCGCAUUUAUUUCAAUUGACCAUCCGCUUGACCAUGAAGUCUUGCAAUUUCUUUGGCGUACACAGCCUUGACUAUUGCGUUGACCAUGAAGUCUUACAAUUUCUUUGGCGGACACGGCCUUGACUUAUGCACAAUUUGCGUUUUUCUCCUUCCUAAAAAAAAUGUAUUUGUAGACCAUAUUUAGUGUAACCACCAACUUUUUUUACUCAUCAAAAUAUUGUCGGUGUUGUGUGUAACCCUCACGAUUUUGUUUUUCGAUGUAUUAUGGUGACUUCUUAGAAGGUCAUACUUCUCUGUACAGUUCCAUGUUGAGCACGUUCCAUUUCAAUCUAAAUGCAUCUUAUCAGUUAAUGAUGAGUUGUUUCCUAUGGACCAUGGAUCUCUUGUGUUUUGUCAGUAUAGGACUUGUCUAUGUUACAUACACCCCUUUGAAACUUAACGUCCUCGUUAAAGUUUGCACUACCAUUAUUCAUGAGGGACGCAAAAAAACUCGGUCUCUACUUAUAUCAUCUCAACCUUAUCUAACCAAAAUAUUAUUUUUGGAUACACAUAUGGUAGGUCACUCAAUUAUGCACUCUUUCAUCCUAAAUACGUUCAACUUUGGAACUGUCUCUUGCCUUGUCCAUUUGUGAUUUGCUCAAGGGUUAAUUGCAAGGUUGGUCAUUGGGUUUACUAAAAACGUUAAUAUUUGGUCACUACAAAUAUUUAAUUACAUUUGUGGUCACUAAGAUUAGUUCAAUAGUUCAAGAUUAUUUUCCGUUAGUCUCCGUUAAUUUUUGCUGAUGUGACAGUUAACCUUCAUAGUUGACCGUUAAAUGAGUGACCUGGCUAUUAAAAAAUAAUAAAAAUAAAAUUUAAUCUAUUAAAAUUUCCACAUCAUUACACAUUCAUUAAAAAAUAAGAGGGUUCGAGUGCGAGAGCUCUCUGACUUCUCGCUCCGUCCUCCUCCAACUGAGAUCGCAGCUCCUCCGCUCCACAACAACUAUCGCAGCUACCGGAGACUAACCCUGGUGCACGAGCAUCUUCUUCUCCUCCACUCGCCAGAUUGGACUGGUUGAGUCUUCUCCUCCGCUCAGCGUAUGGCGAUUCAGCCUCAAUCUCUAAUCUGCGACUCUUCUCCACAAGACGAUGGAUAUUAGAACUUGAGCUCUCUAUUGUUGUUUCUUUGUUCUCGGAUUAGGGAUUUGUCAAGGAGAUCGUUUGUUUCGCCCAUUAGUUCGUUCCUCUGGCCUGAAUCUGGUUGGGGUUUCCCUUAGAUCCAAAUCUUUGCAGUCGACAUAAUAAGAUCCACCAGCUUUCGAGAACCCCAUAUUUUUUUAACUCAAGAAGGAGUAGGUGGUUUCAAUCGAACCCACUACCGCUAUUGUUCUGCUUGCGUCUCUUGUUGCUCCUAGCAUUCCAACGAAGUCGCCGCCACCGCAGAGCAGAAUAAGAAGACGACGAGCGAGCAGCGGGGGUUGGCGUAGAAGGGAGCAUUAGUGAGGAGGGUAAUUGUGGUGUGUUGAAUUAUCAGGGGUGAUUAGGAUUUUUUGUGUGGUUUCGGGAUUGGAUUUUCGGUAGUUCUUCUUUCGGCGCGGAGGUGAUGGAGAUUAAGUUUUAUUUUUAUUUUUUAAUUGCUGUAAAAAUGAGGUGGAAAUUGUAAAUGUUUGAAUUUUAUCAUUUUAAUAGUCACAACACUCAUUUAACUGUCAACUAUAAGAGUUGACUGCCACUUCAACAAAAAUUAAUGGAGAGUGACCAAACUUGAAUUGUUGAACUAAUCUUAGUGGCCAUUAAUGAAAUUAAAUAUUUUGCACUUUUGCAGUGAUCACACCUCACCCCGUGAACUCAAAGGUGCCUAGCUUGCUUGUUUCUGUUCCUCCGGCGUGAAAUUGUUUUUCUCUGGUCCGGCCCUAUAAAAAUAGGAACGUUUUUAGUAAACACAGUGACCAACCUUGCAAUUAACGGUAAACACACAUGUGCGAAAACGUUGUGCGAGUGAAGCAGAACAAGACAGGGGGGAAAUCAGCCGACAGCAGUUACCAGUUAGGCAGUUACCACACACAAUUAAUCCUGAAAGAAAACCCAGCAGCAGGGCAGGAAGAAAAGAAUCUGGGGUUUCUUUUGGGUUGCAGAGGGAGGAGGGUGGGGAAGCAAAAAAGGGAACAAGCAAAGACAAAAACAGAAUAUCGAGAAAUGCGGUCGUUGCCUUUGGGAAUCUCUCUUCCUCCCACCUCUUCCCUCGAUCCUAAUCCCGCUCUCACGCUCAAGCGUCCUAACCAUCACUCCUCUAUUUUCCUCCAUUCUCCUCCCAAAUCAGGAAUAUGCAGAGCCAGUCAAGUGGUGGAUUUGUUCCCAACUCUGUCUCCAGAGAUAGUGGUGAGGGAGGCAAGGAUAGAGGACUGUUGGGAAGUGGCUGAGACUCACUGCAGCUCCUUCUUCCCUGAUUACUCCUUCCCUCUGAAUUUUGUGCUGAGAAUGGAUAGGCUAGUUGGAAUGCUAUUUGGCUUCUCCGUGCCUUCUGGUUGCAAGAGAAUCUGCCUUGUGGCUGUUGUUGGCAGCUCCAUUGAUCAAUCCUUUUACAUUGGUAGUGAGGAUAUCAAGAUUGGAGGGUUUGAUGCCAAGUUCACUCUCAACAAAGGAUAUGUUGCCGGGAUCUUGACUGUGGACACUGUUGCCGAUUACCUUCCUAGAAAAGGUCCAUUGCGGCGAAGAAGGACUGGAAUUGCGUACAUAUCAAAUGUAGCUGUUAGAGAGAGGUACCGGCGCAAGGGGAUAGGAAAACAGCUUGUAGAGAAGGCGGAGGCAUUGGCCAAGACUUGGGGCUGCCGGGCGGUUGCCCUUCACUGUGAUCUGCGGAAUCCUGGUGCUAUCAAACUGUACAGAGGGGGAGGUUUCAAGUCCAUCAGGGUACCUGAGGGUGCAAACUGGCCUCACCCUAGAGCCUCCCCAGAUGUCCAAUUCAACUUCAUGAUGAAGCUGCUAAACUCCACAACGAACUAGCACUUGGCAUCUCCUUACAACUACAUAACACACAAAGGUAAGCAAAAAAAUGUUUAAAGUAGGAAGGAUCCUUUGCAGCAGCUUCUCUUGUUGUAUAUACGUCAUCUGUAUACUCGUUCGUUGGAAUGGAAACUUGUCUAAAUGUAGAUACGUUGCAUAAUGUAGCUCGUAUCGUGAUCGUAAAAUGCUUCAGCAACCGCAACCUGAUUGUGAUGACCUGAACAUGGGCACCAGAGGUUGCAAAUGUGUUGGGGUUUGGGGCUGGACUCAUGUGGGUUUGUAGAUAGAUGGUUUGUUGGAAAUCAAUGGCAUUCUUGGAG